GGUAGGAAAGACUUUGAUGCUAUCACACUGUAUUAGUGCAGUAUUUUAUUAUGUUACAGUAUUGCAAUCAUGUUGAACUAUAUGUGCAUAUAAUGCUCAACACUGUAACAAUGAUAACUUUUUUAACUCUGAAAUUGAGCAUCUCUCAAUACAGUUCAACAACUAGCUGAUAAACAAGGAAAUGUAAAGGAAAGAUAAGUUGAUUGGUUGUAGAUUGACUUUAUUUUCUGUGCAUAAUUCCUUGAGUCUUUGACCAGGGUAUUCCUGCACUUGGGAAAAAUAUGAAAAUAAGAAUAUUUCACGCAUUCAAAGUUUAAAUUUGCGGUAUGAAUCUAAACAUAACUUUAAAAUUAAACAAAUUACACACUAUGUAUUCUGUAUAAAUGUACUUAUGUUGUAUGUAAACUUAUUUAUGUUCUGGAGGCACACAUAACGCACACUCUUUGUUAACAAAUUUUCUCUUGGGGGACAAUAAAAUCUAUCCAAAAUAUUUUUAAAUGUUCCUCUUCAACAGAGGCUUGCGGGAUCCUCAAAUCAACUCCAUGAAUUCCUCAUCUUAUGGCUUUAACGUGUUGAGUGGUCCGAGUUAUCGAGACUCUUUCAGCACAGCUGUGGCCAAAAAUGUGAUUAUUCUGGCUCUUGGUCUUAUCAUCAACUAUAUCAAUGGCACCCUGAUUCACACAUUCAGAAAACACCAGAUAUUUUAUGUGACUCCCCGUUACAUCCUAUUCAUCCACCUGGUGGUGAACGAUAUGAUCCAGCUUACUACAGCAAUCUGCCUGUUUGUCUUCAGUUAUAUUUUCUACAAAAUUAAUGUUUCCCUUUGUUGCCUCAUUAUUACCUGUGCUGUCUUCACCACCCUCAACACUCCAUUAAAUUUAGCUGUCAUGGCAGUGGAGUGCUACAUUGCUAUUUGUUUACCACUGCGACACACUGACUUGUGUACAAUCAAAAGAACAUAUAUUCUGAUUGGAUGGAUUUGGGCCAUGAGUGUGGUCUCAACCCUGCCAGAUGUGUUUAUUAUUCUGGCAACAGAGCCUGUAGAGUUUUAUUAUUCCACAAUUUUUUGUGACUUGAAUAACCUGUUCCGACACCCUAUACACCUGAAAAAGAGGGAUGUUUCCUACAUAAUUUACCUAAUUGGUGUUUGGCUCACACUCUUCUACACUUACUUCAAGAUCUUCUUUGCUGCUAUAAAAGCUAAAGCAGCUAAAUCAGCUGAUGGACAUGCAAAGAAGGCCAGGAAUACAAUCCUGCUCCAUGGUUUUCAGCUACUGUUGUGUAUGCUAACAUAUAUAGCCCAUAUCUUAGAAAGGGCUCUGGUGUACUGGUUUCCUAAACAUUUAAUCUUUGUUAGCUAUAUCGUCAUCCAGAUCCUUCCCAGGUUUGUCAGUCCUAUUGUGUACGGGCUACGAGACAAGACAUUUAGAAAGCAUUUGAAAAAGUAUCUGCUGUGUACAGUGAGAGUAAGCGUCAAACCAUGGACUGAAGCGAAACAAACUAUUUAGAUUGAUAAAUCUUUUAGUAUUUCCAUUUGUGAAUGCCACUGAGGACAAAGAGGUUAUGACAUUUCAGUAUGAAAGUACACUAGUACAAAUUGAGUACACAACACUGUGCUUUGCUGGAGUUUGAUGAAUUUAGAUUAUGCCCUCCUACUAUAUUAAGCACCACAAGCAUUGCAGUUUGCAAAUUCAUUGCCUUAAAAAUUUCCGGCGCCUUAACUCUUUACCAACUCCAAUAGAUCAUGUUGGAAAAGUCAGGGGCUCACCAAAGUCAUCUGUGUACAGUUCGGUUGAAUGUUUUUUGGUGCAGACAUAUUAAAAUGAUUGUGCAUCACUAUUGUUGUAUUCAGAAAUCAGAAAUACUUUAUUGAUCGCAGAGGGGAAACUCUUUAUUGUUACCUGAAGGGCAGGUGCAAAUGAAGAAGUCCCAAGUCUGACAGUAAGUCACUGUACAGAAGCAUCAGCCAAAUCAAUGUAUAGUAAUGUAAUUUUAUUGUAAUUUUAUCUAAAAUGUUCAGCUUGUAAAUAAAAUUUAUGAGGCAUAGUGCACACAUAGUGCAAUCUGUGUAAUUAGUUUCCUUCCCAAAUUAUAGGAACGCCCACUUGGAGGGCAAAAUAGGGUUAUAGGGUAAUAGGGAGGGUUUUCUUCUGCUGCCCGCCAGCAUUCGAAUCUGGUUUGUUUAGCCAAAAUGCUGGAUAGCUGUUUGAUCGGAUGCACUAACCGACAAGAAGACAAGUCUGGGUUGUGCUUCUACAGAAUCCAGUCCGAGAAAAAAAAAACCCAGAGAGGAGGAGAUUGUGGAUUUCUGCUAUUAGAAGUGCCUCCGUCCCUGGGGAAGGCAAAGAAUGGCAACCACCAAAGUAACGUUACACACGUCUUUGCAGCGAACAUUUCAUCAAAGGGUUUACCUUUAAGUAUUUUAGUGAUUGUAUUUUUACGUAAUCGUUCUGACAUGGUUCGUUUUUGUGAACCAACGCAACCAAAUACGCAGUUAGCUUUUUUCAAUUAAAUUUUAUUUAUAUAGCACCAAUUCAUAACAGAAGUAUCUCAUUGCACUUUUCCUAUGGAGCAGGUCUAGACCGCACUCUUUAUAAUAUUAACGUUGGCGGCAGUGUAAGGGGAUGGAUUCUCCACAAGAUACAUGUAAACAUCGCCAGUGGAGCUCUGGCAGGGACUCCGCCAUUUUUAGUGAUUAAAAUACCGCGGCGGGUUCUGUAUAUGGAUCGCAAGUGCCCAAAACGUGCAGUUUGUUAACAUAUAUUUGUUUUUCUUGUGAUCUAAAUAUUCCUGGUUUGAAAGAGAUGGAAAAUUGACAGGUCUGUGCUGCCGUUCUGUGGAGUGUGUCCACUGUGUCCACUGCCGCCAUGCUGGUAUGAUGUUUUGCCCUCAGUCACGUGACUGAAAACUAUGAAUUGCCAAAGUGAGUACAUAUUAUUUCUGUAUUAUUCUGUGUAUAAAGAGACAAUAUAUUGAUUUGUACAGUUGAUUCUCAGACUUCAAGUUCUCGACUCUAGAAUUAAAAUAACAAUAAUGUUAUAAAAGUU